CCGACGACCGCGCCCUCGUCCUCCUCCUCGCCGGCGGCGACAUCGCGACCCUCGCCCUCGACGGCCCAGACCGCGCGCCCCUCGAGGUCGUCGGCAGCGUCGACAGCGGCAUCAAGGCUGCUGCCUGGUCGCCCGACGACGAGCAGCUCGUCCUCGUCACCGGCGACGACAUGCUCGUCUGCAUGACCAGGAAUUUCGAUGUCAUCCACGAAGAGCCGCUGCGAUCAGAAGACUUUGGACAGGACAAAUUCAUCAACGUCGGCUGGGGAUCCAGGUCGACCCAGUUCCACGGCUCUCUCGGCAAGUCCGCCGCCCGCCAGCCCGCCGACCCCGCCCGCCCAGUCGCCCACCCGACCGACCAUGGUCUCCCCGUCAUCUCGUUCCGCGGCGACGCCGCCUUCUUCGCCGUCUCGUCGCUCGACCCCUACCCGGACGGGUCCGGCCAGGCAAGGCGCCAGGUCAGGAUAUACGCCCGCGACGCCUCGUCAGGUUUCCAGCCCAAACUGUCAGCCACCUCGGAAUCCCUGCCCGGCCUGGAACCCGCCCUCGCAUGGCGACCGAGCGGGAACCUCAUCUCCACCAUGGUCCGGUACGGCUACCACGGCGGCGGAGAAGGUCGGGAAGGCAGGUGGGAUGUGGCCAUGCUGGAGAGAAACGGAUUGCGGCAUGGCGGUUUCGAGCUGAGAGAGGACAAGGGAGAUUGGGAAGACGGGACGGUCAGGGGAUUGGGGUGGAAUUCUGAUUCAGAAAUACUGGCCGUCUGGAUCGAGCGGAAGGAGAGGGAUGUCUUGCAACUAUGGUCCAUGAAAAACUACCACUACUAUCUCAAGCAGGAACUCUACUCUCACGAUACGCAAAAACCCAGGUUCAGAGGGUUCAAAUGGCACCCGGAAGACCCCCUAUCUCUCUACAUCAUCUGCCAAGACUCUAUCCAGCACCGCACAUUCACAUGGGACACCUUUGCCGCCCGUCUACCCAUGCCGCACGAUACCGCCUCCGUCGCCGUCAUCGACGGCACCCGUCUCCUCCUCACCCCCUUCCGAACCCAAAACACACCCCCGCCCAUGUCCUCCUACCACCUCGCCCUGCCCUCCACCCCUGUACACGCGUGUUUAUCCAGCUGGGAAGACACGGCCGCAGCGGUGUUCGCAAACGGCCACGUAAUGGUAUGGAAACUCAACACGCGGCUGCCUUCGCCUGCACCUGGAUCGAAAUUGAAAAGAGGCGGCCAAGUCGCAGAGCCGGUGAUUGUCCUUGAGAAAAAAGUGGACGGAAAAAGAGUCAUCCGCAAUCUGGCGCUCGGUCCCCGCGGUCGAGUCGCAGUCCUCAGUCUGGCGGUAGACGCAGACGGUCCCGCCGAGCAAAGCGGGCGCGUGAAUGUGUUUGGAGGAGGAGAAGGCGAACAGGAUGAAGAGUUUGAAGUGGAGAGUGGUGUCGAGAGCAUCUUGUGGACUGAUCAAGGCAAUGUCCUCGUGUUGAACGGGCAAAAGAGACUGUACAGCUUGGCAAGCGAAGAACCGAUCGAUCUUACACUUCCCUCCCAACCCACCUCCGUCCUCCUCUCCGGCCACCUCUUAUUCACUCUUUCACCAACAUCCAAGCUCCACAUGACCGCUCUCACCCCAUUUGCGGCCCACCCCACCUCCCUCUCCCUCUCCCAACAACCAGUCACCUCGUUCACGCUCACGUCUUCUUUCCUCAUCUACACCACUACCGCUCACUUUGCGCACUUUGCGCCUCUGGUAACAUUGGAAAGACUCGCCAAUGGAGAUGAUGGCGCGGGCGGCAGCGGCAGCGAGAUGAAGUGGGAAGAGCGAAGAGUGGAAAGAGGCGCAAAAAUCGUCGUGGCCAGUGAGAGCGAAAUGAGUUUGGUGCUCCAAGCGACUCGUGGUAAUCUCGAGACGGUUUACCCUAGACCCAUGGUCUUGCAAGUCGUCAAACGGGAUGUUUUGGCCGGAGCGUACCGUGCAGCAUUCCUGACGUGCAGGAAACAUCGACUGGACCUCAACCUCCUGUACGACCUUGACCCUGAAAAGUUCAUGGCCAACUUGGAGACCUUUGUGGAAAACGUUCACGAGGUGGAUUACCUCAACCUUUUCAUCUCUUCUCUCAACUCGGAAGACUCGGCCAAGGCUGUUUAUGGUGACCAAGCUCGCGACCAAGCUCGCGAUACACCCCCGACCAUCCCCGCCGCCAAAGACAAGGUCAACACCAUCUGCGACUCGCUCCGUAUCCUCCUCGAAGCCCGCGGUUUGGAAACGUACGUGGAGAGUAUCCUCACCACCCAUGUCUGCAAGAUUCCGGCCGAUUACGAAUCGGGAUUGAGAGUCCUUUUGCAAUUGCAAGCGGACCACCCGGAGAUUGUAGAGGAUGCAAUCAAGUACAUCAUCUUCCUUUCCGAUGUGAACAAGCUCUACGAUGUAGCUUUGGGAAUGUACAACUUCCAGCUCGUCCUCAUGAUCGCUCAAUAUUCUCAAAAGGAUCCGAAAGAGUACCUUCCCUUUUUGCGAGAACUCCGCGCUCUUGGUAAAUGGGAUCAACGAUUCAAGAUUGACGAUCAUCUCGAAAGACGAGAAAGUGCGUUGGCCAACCUCAAGCAAGCUGGUCCAGAAAGGUUUGAAGAUGCAGCAUCGUAUCUCGCCAAGUAUGAGCUGUAUGAUACCGCAUUUAAAUUGUACAAUGACGAUCAAGAAAAAUUGACUGUUAUCCGUGACCUUUACGGAGACUACCUGUACGACCGCCGAGAGUAUACAGAUUCUGCGCUUUCAUACCUCAUCGCGAACAAGCCUCAAAAAGCACUCAAGGCGUACGAGCGUGCGCAUGCCUGGCGAGAGUUGUUUGCGUUGGCCAAGAAGGAAGGUUUAUCAAAGCAGUCUUUGGAUGAGAUGAUUGAGCGUGUCACAGACUAUCUGGGCUCCCGAGGUCGACAUUUGGAAGCUUCCCAGAUAUUCAUCGAGUAUUCAUCCGAUGUUGAUAGCGCUGUCGAUACUUGCUGCCGCGGCGCCGAAUUCUCUGAAGCCUACCGCUUGACAUCUAUCCAUGACCGAUCGGAUCUUGUAGAAGCCAUGAUUCACCCUGGGUUGGAAGAGGCACAUGAAGCGCUCAUCGAGGUCUUUGAAGAGAUGGAUGGACAGCUGGACAAGGAAACAAGGAGAUUGAAGGAAUUGAACGAGAUUCGGGAGAAAGACUAUGACGCAUUCUAUAUCGUGGAGAGGGAGAUUGAUAUUGAAGGCGUGGACGUUGCCACCAAUGCUACUACUGUCGCCUCCGCAUUCACACGAUACACCGUUGCGCCUAGCACAAUGUUUUCUCAGACGACUCGAAUGACCGGUCAAACGGCCAAGUCAAAGAGGGGCAAAAAGAGGGCUACAGGUCGAAGGGGUACUGUGGAUGAGUGGGAAUACUUGGUGAUGAGUAUUGGGCGAUUGCUCGCACGCGUAGAUGAAAAAAGCGCCGAAGCCCUCAUACUCUUACGCCACCUUCUUUUGGCCUCCUCGGACCAUGUCGCUCUCGCCCAGUCUCUCCAAAACACCAUCAUCUCGUUCCGAACAAAGCUUUCCAACGCUUUGGAUGAAGCUUGGCAAGAUAGAGAUGCUGUGCUGAAAGAGGUUGUAGAGAGUGGCGGUAGUGGAUUGGAAGGUGCAUUGGAGAAAAGCUUGGGAGAGAUCAAGCCACAGGUGGGAGAAUGGAAAGGAAUGGGUCUGUUAUUGAGCAAUUGAUUAGCAUCACUGGGAAAGACAAGCUUUUCAAGGUAUGCAAAUAUAAUGCUUUUACCAGAUCCAAGUA